CAUAAGACGUAAAUAUCAGUAUAAAGUUUAUUCACAUGGCGUCAGUCUGUAGGAGUUAUUGAAUCAUUAUUACUAACAUUGAUUAUUCCAGUUUAAAUACAUUAUCAAGUGAGUAGCACAGCAAUGGACUCUGGUAUUGACUCAACAGACAGUAGUAACGGGAGCCUGGAGGAGGGUGGGGGUGUGGUGAUGGAGGGGGCGGUCUCUGGCUCUGCUGCACACAAUGAUCUUCCUCCUGCUCCUACAGCUCUCAGGACUCUCGCUGCUGCAGCUGCUGCCACUAACCCCGUGCCUUCACCUUUAAAGAAACUAGCAGCCACUGCCCUUAAUGAUAAUCCGACAGUGUUAGAGAAUCGAGAAAACAAUAAUGAGUGUGAAGUAUCAGUUGAUGCUGUAGACGCCCCAGCAAGUACAGCACCACUUUCUAAAAUGCCCAAGUUGGAUGUUCCAGAAGGAAGUCAGCUACAACUACACUUCCCUGUACCAGAGGAUGGAAGCAGUGAGGAAGGAGGAGGCACGACCUUUGAGCUAGAACCUCCGCCUGGAUUAACCUUCGCCAAUGUAUCACCGUCUAUGUACCUCAGCCGUGGCUAUGAUGCAUACUCACAAGGUUACUCCUACUCCGUGGUGCCGUAUGAAAACAACGCCCUUCAGAAGAAGCUACGGACGAUACGACUGAGAAUGAGACAACAGAAUUAUCAAAUCUUGUCCCCUAAAGCAAAAGAGAGAAAGCUUCGCAUAGCGGUCAGCUUAAAUAAUGUACAAACUGUUGAACAGCUUCUAAGAGAAGGCAUUAAUCCAAAAGUCACUGAUGAUAAGGAGAGAUCCCCUCUGCACAUUGCUGCUUCUAAAGGCUAUACAGAUAUUGCAAGACUGUUGCUUCAGCAUGGGGCUGAUCCAAAUCAACGAGAUGCCAUUGGCAAUACUGCUCUCCAUCUCGCAGCUUGUACUUCCCAUAUUCCUACAGUCACUCUUCUCUUGAAGGCAGGUACCAAUGUGAGGCAGACAGACAACCAGGGUUACUCACCUCUACACCUGGCCCGCUCCAAGCUGAAGCUCCUCCAGAGAGAUAAUAACUCUUCCUCUCAAGAAAUCAAGAAACAAGUUUAUCAGGUUAUAGAAAUGAUGCAAACUUUCCUGGAAUGUGCAGGAAGUGUAGAGGAGGCUGAGCUGCUCACAUCUUUUACUAGUCAGCUGUCACUGUCUGACUCCCGCCAACAGGUGGAGAGUGAUGUACAGGCUCUCCUCAAUUCUCUCAAUGACCUCAGUCUUGUCAAGUCUAAGGCUGCAUGAAAGACAGAAUGCUACUCACAAAAACUCAUACGAUGUAAUCACGUGUUGUGAACUCGAACUAUGUGGACUUGCUAAGUGUAGAGUGUUGUGAAGACAAGGUAUCAUAGAAUUAAUAAGCUAGUGAUACAGUAUUUUGUAAUACUUGGGGCCUUAGAGAGUUCUUUCAGAGAUCUUCUGAGGUGUACAGUGUUCUGAUUACAGAUGAUGCAAAUAUGUUGUAUUUUAACAAAGUACAGUAGCUUCAUUGCUGACUUAUCAAGUAUUGAAGAAAUCUUAUCUGAUGCUGACCUAAACCUCUAAAGAAAGUUUUUAAUGGUAUUUGCAGUUAGGUAAUAAGAUAAAUGAGGCAAUGAAGCAUCAUACUUUAAAUUCUAAAAGGGUAACCAUUAAAAUUUAAAUAUUUGUGCCUAAAAUUCAUAAAUGUAUAUUAACACCUGCCUCUGUGUGGUGGCAGUGGCAUGAUAAACAUGUUAGAAAACAAUACAGAAACAGUGGAACCAUUUAGGUUUUGAACGAAGGUUUGAAUCUAAGAGUCACUCAAGGUAGGUUGUUAAUGUUGUAAGUCUCAUAACUUGGUAAUCCUGAGCUAGUCAGUUUCCUACUUGUGCUAGGCAGAACAUUGAACAUUAUCUCUUAGAUAUUCCAUUUUAUUGCAUUAGCUAUAACCCCAUAAACAUGUACUUGGGGUGAUUUAUGUACAGAAAGAACUAGAGAAAUAUAUUUCAAUGAGUGAAUCCCUAAAAUGUGAAACAAACAAAAAAUAUAUAUAUAAUGCCAAUAAAUUGAACAACAUAUGUAACAGAAAAACAAGGACUUCCACAAUACUUCUGUACAGUAGAACACUUGCCAUGCAUGUAUUCUCUUUGCAUUUUAAGAAAGUUUGCCUUCAGGAAGAAAAUGUAUAUACCUGUACUGUACUGUGACAUAGAAAUACCAAAUAGUGAAAGAUAUGCAAUAUUUUCAAUGAGAGAGGAAAUUAUCAGAGAGAAAUGAAAUGUAAGAAUACUUCUAGAUAUCAUUUUCCACACAAAAAUAUAUGUCAAAGGUUCAUGUAACCUGUGUCCAGUAAUCCUAGGUUGGAAAUUUAUUUUAUUUUAUUUUAUUGUUAUUUAUUAUUUAUUUUAUUUAUUUUUUAUAAUAAAGUGUUUCAGAAAUCCUCAGAGCAACUAAGUUAUGUACAUUAUAUCUAAGUUAUCUAAUAUUUAAAUGAAUUAAAUUGCAUAUCUGUGUUAAGAGUAUGUGUACUUGUCAUAAUACACAUGAUUUUUGGUUUCACAAAUACUUUGAUUCCUAAAACACAUUUAGACAACCAAAAUUUUUGAUUUAUAAAGUUAUUAUCCAUAUAAAUCAGACUAUUUUGA